AUGGAGAGCCACGGCUCGCUCGUUUGGUCGUUGGAUAUUGACACCUGUGGGAUUUGGAAUUACGAUAUAUGGCUUGAAUGUGAUUGCAUGGGGCGGAAUGCUAUUUCUACUGCUUUGCAAUGCCGCCCCUGCAAUGUGCCACCCAAGCUGCAGCAGUCUGGAUUCAUCACGUCGGAUAUGGAUUGA